UGGCCAGUUUUUUUUACUUAAGUUACACAAGCGGACGUCCUAACAAGUCCCGAAAAUGUUUAUGCGUUUAAUAUUUCUUAGUGUACUUCUGGUUGUAGUGUUCACAUUUCCGGCUCAAAAAUCAAAUGGGAUAAUAAAAGAAUCAGACCAAGCUUCUGAAAAGAGUUUAUGGGCUUCUACAUUACCGCUUUUUAGUAUUUUCGGUCAAAUAGCCGAAUCAUUUCCAAACUUUGCGGAUAUUGGACCACAGAUUGAAGUUGGUGAUGAAUAUACGAAAAUAAUACUUAAAGCUAGAAAAUACAAAGUGGACGACUUAGAAGUUCAAAUUAAAAAUGAUAAAGUUAUUCUGAAAGGUUCAAAGAAUACUUUAAAUGGUGAUCAAGAUUUGUCAAGCAAAUUUUUGUACGCAACAUCGUUACCAGUCAACGUUGAUAAAAGUCAAAUAACCGCAAAAUUGUACAGUGAUGAGUAUUUAGUUGUCACAGCACCGUCUAAGGGUGUAGAUGGUAAUAAAAAUAUACAAGACAGAGUAGUUCCUAUUGUUCAGGUACAAGAGCCAUUUAAGCCUGAGGUAAUUGUUGAUCAAGCGAGCAGUUCAAAUGAUCCCGAUGUACCAGUGCAAAAUAUUCCUCAGGUCUCAGUGGUAGCCCAAAAUGAGCCUCAGGUUCCAGUAGAAGUACAAAAUGUUCCCGACGUUCCAAUUAGUUCUGAAAAUGCCGCUGAUGGCUCAUUAGUAGCCCAAAGCAUCCCUAGUACCCUAGUAAUAGCUGAAAAUGUUCCUAAAGUCACAGUGAUAGCCCAGCAUAUUUCUGAUGUUCCAGUGGAAACUCAAAACAUCCUUAGUACCUCAGUGGAAGCUCAAAAUGUUCCUGAAGUCCCAGUUACAGCUCAAAAUAUCCCCAAUGCCGCAGUGGAAGCUGAAAAUGUUCCUGAGGUCCCAGUAACAGCUCAAAAUAUCCCUAGUGCCCCAGUGAUAGUUCAAAUCGUUCCUAAAGACCCACUGGUAGCUCAGCCUAAUGAAGAUGUCCAAGUGAUUCCACAACGUGUUCCUGACGUACCGGUAGUGGCUGAAAACUCUCCUAUUGUCCCAUUAAUCGUAGCCAAUGAAGUCUCUACAACAGAGUUACCAGUAACUGAAGAGAACAAUACUGAGAGCACAUCCGCAGAUCUACCUGAAACAACAGCUUCAGUAGAAGAAAAAGUAAGCUAUGAAACUACAGAGGUAUUCAAAGAAGUCACAAUAGACACAACACCAUACGAAGCUAACGAAGUCAGUGAUCUUGAACCGGUAACAGUAUCAAAUAUUUAAGUGAUGUAAUAAAUAAUUUUAAACAAUACUAGUGUUUCGCUUGGUGUAUAGGUAUGCGAACUAUGGUUCGGUCAAAUGGCUGAAGCGUUACAUGAAUACAUAAUGCUGUAGUCGGAUGACCUGAUACAAACAAUGGACUGUUUACGUUUGUGUUACGAGUAGAUGUUUGAUUUUGUACUUAGCACGUAGCACUUCUUGCACCGGAAUAUUCCAUGACAAAAAUUAUCUAAAUUGAGUUAAAUGUUGAAUAAUAAUUUUGAAACAGGUGUGAUUUCUCACUUGGACAUUACAAUGUUGACUUUCUAAAAUACAAAUAAUUAUUACAAGAUAAAUUGAGAACAAAUAUGACGAUUGUUGCGUUAUUUUAUAAUUUAUAUCAGGUAUUAAUAUUUUUCGAAUAAAUUUAUAUUUAUAUUAA